ACAGCUCAUUGGUUUAUCAUGGUUGAGGAUAUGAUGUAUGUCAGGUAUAUUACUCGUAAGGACUUAAGCAUACGAUAUUCUUAAUGAUGACCUUUAUAGUCAAGUCGGUCUAUUCUCUUCAAAGUUCAUGUAUUCAUCACUUCUUAUAACCAUUCUCUACAUCAAUAACCAUAUGGGAUCAAUGUUGACUUUAAUAGGCUGCUAAAAUAAUAUUGGGUCCUGUACAUAAUAUAUUAUCCUGCAUGUAAUUUCUGGUGAUAUUAAAAUUUCAAAGUAACCCAAAAUGAAUAUGAUUAUAACUAUGGAAGAACCAACUGGAUCAAACAACAUAUAUAUAACACAACGAUGGCUGAUAGGCUAACACAAUUACAAAUCUGCUUAGAUCAAUUAGUAGAACAAUUCAAUGCUACAGUGAAUUACGUUAAUACCAAUAGUGAAUCAGCCUUACUUGAUGAAGAUCCAAAUUCAAUCAUAAACAUAGCUGCCAAUGCUCCAUUACCAGGUCAACAACAAGGACAACAAGGACAACAACAAUCAUCUCAACCACAACAACUGCCUCAAAGUCAACCUCAACAAAGUGCUAAUGGAAGUGGGAAACAAACCGUUUCAAACCAUGCUUCUGUGGCAGCUCAAGCUGAAGCUGAAGCAAAUUUUGAAAAUACUUUAAAUGAAUUAUCCACUGAUAUAAUCUUGAAAUCUCGGCAAAUAAGUAUGUUGAUAGAUUCAUUACCAGGGAUAGGUGUAUCUCCCACUAGUCAAUUGAAAAUCAUUGAGGAUUUAGGUGAAGAUUUAAAAAAUAUCGAACAAGAACGAAUUAAAAAAAUUGAAGAAAAGGAUAAAUUAUUAAAAUGGUGUGAAUCUUUAAUAACAGAAGUUGCUACAGGUAUCGCUGAAUCGAGGCGAUGAAUUCAAAAAAAAAGAUAGAUCUUA